AUGGCCGACGAUGGCAUGCUCAUGAACUUCAGCAUUGCUGACAGUGUCAUCAAACCCGAAGCCAAGUUCAAAGGAGGCACAUGGCGAGACCGGCUGGUUGCGAAAAAGCGCUCAUCCCACCGCGGCUCAGAAAACGGACCCAAAGAUGCAGCCGCGCGCAAUGCAGCAUCUAAGAACCCUAAUCAGAUUCAACUAGGCGACCGUCCCGCCAAAAGACAACGAACAGACGACUCGUCCCAGCGCCCUCAACGCUCCGGUGACCGACGCCCGCACCAACAUCCACGAGAGAAGGACCCCCGCCACUUCGUUUCUUCGCUAUUCACCAGCAACCCGGAAGCACAAAAUGCCGAAGAGCCAAAGCAGGAAGGAGAGGUCGAGGAGGCGAAGCCUACCAAUGCGCCACUGAUCGAUGGACUUGAUACCUUCACGAACUUGGGAUUGUCUCCCAACCUGGCGGCGCAUCUGCUCACCAAGCUUGAGCUCAAGGCCCCGACUGCCAUUCAGAAGAGCUCCAUCUCACAAUUGUUGAAGGAGGAAAGUGAUGCCUUCAUCCAGGCUGAGACUGGUUCCGGAAAGACCUUGGCUUAUCUUCUCCCGCUGGUCCAACGAAUUAUGGACCUAUCGAAAGCAACUAAGGAACAUAACGACAACCAAGUUCAUCGGGAUAGUGGAUUGUUCGCCAUCAUCCUGGCACCUACCCGUGAAUUGUGCAAGCAGAUUUCAGUCGUGCUGGAGAACAUCCUGCGCUGCGCAAACUGGCUUGUUUGUGGAACAGUCAUUGGUGGAGAGAAGAAGAAAUCCGAAAAAGCACGUCUGAGGAAAGGUCUCAAUAUUCUCGUCGCAACACCUGGUCGACUGGUGGAUCACCUUGAUAACACGGAGGCAUUGGAUGUCAGCAAUGUCCGCUGGCUCGUGCUUGACGAAGGAGAUCGCUUGAUGGACAUGGGUUUCGAGGAGGAACUACAAGGCAUUGUCGGGAAACUUGAUGCCAGGCAACGGCCGAGCCGAGUACCCGGUGUCCCAACACGCCGGACAACGGUGCUGUGUUCGGCUACGCUGAAGAUGAAUGUCCAGAAGCUGGGAGAGAUCAGUUUGAAGGACGCAGUCCACAUCAAGGCUGACCCCUCUGAUGAUGAAGAGAAAGAAGAAAAAGACGACGACGAGGCAUUCCGUGUCCCAGCGCAGCUGAAGCAAUCCUACGCCAUCGUGCCGGCGAAAUUGCGACUUGUAUCAUUGACAGCCUACUUGAAGAGAACAUUUAUGCGCAAGGGAUCCGUGAUGAAGGCCAUUGUGUUCAUGUCUUGCGCCGACGUUGUUGAUUUCCACUUCGAGCUAUUUUCGCGAAACCAAGAUCGUGAACAACAAAGAAAGCUCGAGAGAGAGCAAAGAGAGAAGGACGGAAAACCUGAGGAGGAAGAGAAGCCAGAGGAGAAAGAGGAACUGUCACCCCAUGGAACCAUUGCACCCGCCAGAGCCUUUUCAACACCUACAAAUCCCGUCAUUCUGCACAGGCUUCACGGUUCUCUUCCACAGAAUGUUCGAACUGCCACCCUAGGCUCCUUCUCGCGUAGCACCGAGGCCUGCGUCAUGAUCUGUACUGAUGUUGCCUCGCGUGGUCUCGAUCUGCCAAACGUGGACCUGGUUGUGGAGUACGACCCAGCAUUCAGCUCCGACGAUCAUACUCACCGUAUCGGUCGUACCGCCCGUGUGGGACGCGACGGUCGAGCUCUAAUUUUCCUCCAACCCGGCUGCGAGGAGAACUAUGUUCAAGUCCUCAAGCGCGGCUACCGGGAUGGCGGCAAGGCGCUCACUCGUACUGAUGCAAAUGAAAUCAUCAAGCGUGGUUUCGGAGGCAACGAAUCCGGAAAGAAGAACUGGGAAGAGAAGACUACCGAUUGGCAAAUGGAUGUUGAGCGUUGGGCUCUGGAUAACCCCGAGUAUCUGGAAAUGGCUCGUCGUGCAUUCCAAUCUCAUGUCCGAGCCUAUUCGACUCACAUCGCUGCUGAGCGGAGCAUGUUCAAUAUCAAAGAACUCCACCUUGGUCAUCUGGCCAAGAGUUUUGCCCUGCGUGAUCGGCCCGGCAAGAUCAAUGUCCCCGGUCUGCGUCCCGGACAAGAAGAUAGUAAGAAAGACUUCAAGGCUGCACGUAAUGGUGCGGGCAACAAGAGAAAGGCUGCUGCUGUUGAUGAUGCUGCACCUGGUGCCCUUCCUACGGAUGAUGCUGCUCGCAGAAUGAGGGCCAAGAUGAGGGAGCACAUGGCUGGAGCCAACGAGUUCAACUUGGCUUGA